AUGGCGACUCAACAGCAACGGAAGACAGAUGACGAGAUCACCGUGGAGCCCACAGUCACUCAGGAGGUCAUUGGUGAUGAGCCUAUUGAUUCUCAUCCCGUGGUCAAGAAUGGUGUCGUGGUCAGCUCGGCCACCAAAAAGCCCAACAAGAACUUGAAACUGGCUUGGCUAUACAUCUUUGACUGGUACCCAAGCCACUACAGUAAGGAAGAGAAGGCCCUUCUCAAGAAGCAGGACCGCAUCAUCCUUCCUCUUAUCUGUUUGUUAUUCUUUAUCAAGUGGCUUGACCAGUCAAACAUUACCAAUGCCUAUAACUCGGGGAUGAAAGAGGACCUUAAUAUCAAGGGAGUCGAGUACAACUUAUUCAGCACAUUUUACAACAUUGGUUACAUGAUCCUGGAAAUUCCAUCCAUGAUGAUCAUCUCUCGCCCCAAUCUGGCUCGUUGGUAUCUCCCAAUCUGCGAGACCCUGUGGUCAAUCAUUACGUUUAUUCAGUGCCGAAAUAAUAGCUCUCAAAUGAUAUUCGGCAUGAGAUUUCUCAUGGGCCUGUUUGAAACUCCUGCUGCUACCGGAUCGCUCUACAUUCUGUCCUCCUGGUAUCGCGCCGAUGAAGUAUUCAAACGAGCUGGAGUUUGGUACGUCUCCAGCAAUAUCGGCGCUGCUUUUGGUGGAUACAUGCAGGCCGCCGCUCAUGCUGGACUGGAUGGGAAGCUUGGCAUGGAGGGAUGGCGCUGGGUCUUCAUCGUGGAUGGUAUCAUUAGUCUCCCCAUUGCCAUCGCUGGUUUCUUCUUGUUUCCGGGUCUGCCAACAACAAAUCCUCGCGUCUGGUGGCUCAAAGAGUCGGAACAAAAGCUGGCUCAGGCGAGAAUGCAGGAUGAUGGUGUACGAAAGAGCCGGAAAAUUGGAAAGCGCAUGCUGAAGCGUGUCUUUACGCACUGGCACUUUUACUUUGCCGUCGCUACUUACACUAGCUUCCAAUUGACGACCUGGGUUGGCGGCCAGAUGGGUAUCUGGGUCAAGUCUACGGGCCAAUACUCUGUGGAACUGAUCAACAUUCUACCUACGGGUACGCAACUGAUGGCAAUUGUAUGCGGUAUCUUGGUUCCUCAGUUUGUCAUGGUCUACCCCAUCUGGAUGCCAGUCCUCUUUUCGGGGACAAUCUUGCUCUUUUCCAACAUUUGUCUCCGUAUCUGGUACAUACCCACUGGAAUGAAAUUCGCUACUUGGUUUCUGAUGGGAUUCAACUCCUGCAUUACUCCAAUGCUAUUCCCUUUUGUGCAUCUUAUCAUGAAGGAUGACAACGAAGCCAAGAGUUUCACUACUGGUGCUAUGAUGACAGUCGGCUGGGCUUUUUUCACGUGGUAUAACGUCGUGGUAUUCCCAGUUACAGAAGGGCCCCAGUGGACACGAGGCUUCACCGCAAGCAUUUGUCUCUGCGUCGUUUGGGUGUCUUUGUUCCUGACAGGCUACGUGCUUUGGCAGCGAGACAUAAAAAAGGGCCUGUAUAAAAACGCCAUCGAAGAAGAAGAAAAUGAAGAGAUACUGGAUGAGAAGAUGGAUCAAGCGCGGGCUGAUUCCUCCCACAUUGAGGAGAAGAAAUAG